UCCAAAAAGGCCCGAACCGCAGCGUCUCGGUUCUUUCUUCCUUUUACUUCUCACAGAAGCUGAAGAGACUCCUCCGCCAUCAAACCCCUCUCCUCCUCCCUCAUCCCACUGAUCACUCCGGUUUCUCCGCGAGCAGCGAAGCGACCGCCAUUAGACUCGACGCGACCGCGACUCCGGCGAACUACUACUCCUCCUCCUCCUCCUCGCUCUUCCUCGCGAAUGCUGGUCGCGGCUUGCUGCUACUAGCCUCUCCACCACCCAGUUUGGUCGAUGAGAGAGAAGGGCCCCUGCCGCGGCGGCAACAUGGGGGAGAGGGAUUUGGGCGACAUCGUGCUCUCCUGGUCGCUCGGUGAGGUCAUGGACGACGACCUCUACAGAGGAAAGGUUGAGGAAAUUCCUCGCAGUUUCAUGUCCCUUGAUCACUAUUUCAAAACAUAUGCUGCACCUCUGAUUGAGGAAACAAGAUCCGAUCUGUGCUCAUGUCUUGAGCUCAUAUCAGAAGCACCCAUUUCUAAGAUACUGUCUAUGGAAGAAGCAGGAAAAUCAGGAUUGUAUUUUAUGGAUGUGGACUUCUGGGAUAACGGGGCUGGUUUUUCUUCCGAGGCUUAUACUGCUAGGAAUGGAGAUAUAUUUAUAUUGUCUAGUAUGAAACCUGAAUCUGCAGAUGACUUGAACCGCUAUGGUGUGACAUACUGCCUGGCUAUGGUUACUGAAGUUUCUAUGGAUGAUGAAUUCCAGAAGGGUUUCCGAGUGAAAGUUGCAAAGGAUGUAACUCUACAAGAAGGCUUCAACAGACUUAGACAUGCGAUAUUUCUUAAUAAUAUUAUGACAAACUUACGGAUAUGGAAAGCAAUUUGCUUUGACAUGGGCAUGAACAACAAUUUCACAGUAAUCAAGUCACUCUUUGCCCCCACAUAUAUGGGUGAUGACGUUUGUGAUAUCUGUGUUAAACAGGAUGAGCACUGUUUGGCUUUAUGUACUGAGCAAUUACUGUCAAUUAAUCUUAAUCAAUCGCAAGUGGAUGCUAUUGAGUCUGUUAUCUCAGCAGUGCAGUGUAGGCAUUUGAAUCUCAUGAAACUUAUAUGGGGUCCACCAGGUACUGGAAAGACCAAGACAGUUAGUGCUUUGCUUUGGGCUUUGGCAUGUUUGAAAUGCAGAACUCUUACAUGUGCACCCACAAAUGUUGCUAUUGUUGGAGUUUGUACUCGGUUCCUUCAUAUUUUGAGGGAUUUCAACAAGAAUGCCAAUGAAAACUUUCUACCCUUUUCUCUUGGUGAUGUCUUGUUAUUUGGAAACAAGUAUAAUAUGGACAUCACUGAGGACCUUCAAGAUGUUUUCUUAGAUUGUCGUGCUGAUGAACUUGUUGAAUGCUUUUCAUCGUUGUCUGGGUGGAGAUACAGAAUAGCUUCUAUGGCUUCCUUUUUUGAGGAUUGUGGUUCUCAGUAUGAUAUGCUUCUUGAGGAUGAUGGAAGAAGCGAUCCUAUUUGUUUCCUGGACUUUAUAAAGACACAAUUUGAUGUGACAGCCACAGCUUUAAAGAAAUGCAUAAUGAACUUAUUGAUUCACCUUCCUAGGAAGUGCUUUUCACAUGAUAGCAUCAGUAAUAUAUCAAUGCUCUUUGAUUCACUGGAAAAAGUUGAAGCCCUUUUACAUCAUGAAAAUUUAACUGAUGAUGGUGCAAAAAGGGGCUUUGGUUUUCUGUCUAUUCAAGACAUUUCUUGUGCAAAGUCUGCAUUCAUUAUUGAGAAGGAACUGAAUAGAGCAAAGUUAUCAUGCCUUCAAUUGCUUGAAGAUCUUGAGAGAUCACUGGAUCUACCUACUGGUAGAGACAGAAAUUGGAUUCAGAACUACUGCAUGCGUAAUGCAACACUUAUUUUUUGUACCUCCUCUAGCUCGUAUCGAUUGCAUCACAUGGAAAUUGCACCGCUUGAUGUGUUAAUUGUGGAUGAGGCGGCUCAAGUGAGGGAAUGUGAAUUGAUUAUUCCACUACGUCUGCAUUGGCUGAAACAUGUUGUUUUAGUAGGAGAUGACUGCCAGCUGAGACCAAUGGUUAAAAGCCAAGUAUGCAAAGAAGCUGGAUUUGGAAUUAGUCUUUUUGAGAGAUUGGUUGUACUGGAUUUUGAAAAACAUUUGCUGAAUAUACAAUAUCGCAUGGAUCCUCGUAUCAGCUUGUUUCCUAAUGUUCAAUUUUAUGGGAGGAAGAUUUUAGAUGGUCCAAAUGUCAUGUCCUCUGUCUAUAACAAAGAUUACACAAACCUCCCUUUUGGUACCUAUGCUUUUAUAAACAUCAGUGAUGGAAGGGAAGAAAAAGAGGGCACUGGAAACAGUUGGCGAAACCUGGUUGAAGUUGCUGUUGUUUUGCACCUGAUCCAAACAAUUUUUAAAACUUGGAAAAGGAAAGGACAAAUGCUCAGCAUUGGUGUGAUCUCUCCGUACAGUUCUCAAGUUGAUUCAAUAGAAAGCAGACUUGGCAAAUUGUAUGACACGUGUGAUGGCUUUCAUGUGCGCGUAAAGUCUGUUGAUGGUUUCCAAGGAGAAGAAGAUGAUAUUAUCAUACUAUCAACAGUUAGGUCUAAUGUGAAAGGCAUUGUUGGAUUUCUUGCUGAUGAACAAAGAACAAAUGUUGCUCUUACAAGAGCAAGGCACUGCCUUUGGAUUCUAGGUAAUGCUAAUACACUGUAUAGUAGUGGGACAGUAUGGAAAGACCUUAUAGCUGAUGCACAAAGACGUAAAUGUAUCAUUGAUGCUACUAAUGACGCAGCCAUAUGUAAGUUGGUUUUGAAAGUCAAGAAUGAACUUGAUGAACUUGACGAUCUACUUAAUGCGGAUUCAGCCGUUUUCAGCAAUACUAGAUGGAAAGUCGUUUUCAGUGACGAAUUUAAGAAGUCCUUUGCAAAAUUAAAAUACCCACAGCUUAGGAGGGAAGUACUUCAAAAGCUUAUCAAACUUGGUGUUGGCUGGAGGACAACAAUGAAGAAUUUGAAUUUCAAUGUAAUUGAUCCUUUCCAGCUUGCAAAAGUAUACAAAGUCAGAGACUUGAGGCUUGUUUGGAGUACCGAUAUAAAGAAAAGCGAAAGGUAUGUUCAGAUUAUAAGAAUUUGGGACCUGUUGUCUCACCAGAAUGUUGCAAGAACUGUUCAACGUCUUGAAAAUCUGUUUUCCAUGUACACGGAUGAGUACCUCGAUAAGUGCAGAAGAGUAAAGACUGAGGGGAAACUGGAAGUGCCUGUUAUUUGGGAUGCCGAGCAUGAUAUUAUUCGCUAUCGGAAGGUUCUGGAAGUUGAUGCUCAGGAAGACCAUGAUCAUGUGGACAUAUCAUAUGCUAUGGAGAAUUCAAAAGUCAGUGAAAGCUUCUUGCUAAUGAAGUUCUACUCUCUAUCAUCUGGUGUGGCAAAACAUUUGCUAACAGCUACUGAUGGAUCAGAAAUUGAUAUUCCCUUUGAACUGACUGAUGAAGAGCAGGCGAUUAUUCGAUUCCCACUCACUAGUUUUAUACUUGGAAGGUCAGGCACUGGUAAAACAACUGUGCUCACAAUGAAGCUGAUUCAAAUAUGGCAACAGUCUUUGAUUGCAUCACGUGGGCUAAAUUUGGAUGAAAGAAAUAGUACAGCACAGAAGGAUUUGAGUGAAGUAGAAACUUUUGUUAAACAAGUCUUUAUCACUGUAAGCCCAAAGCUAUGUUCAGCUAUAAGGAAUCAGAUUUGCAAGCUUACAAGAUAUGGUUCUGGUGACGUCUCUGAUCAGGCUAGCAUUCUUCAAAUGCCUGACAUGGUUGAUGAUCUUGAAGACUUCACUGACAUACCCGAUAGUUUUAUUGGUCUUCCUUGUGAGCACUAUCCUCUUACUAUCACGUUUCGGAAGUUUCUGAUGAUGCUUGAUGGAACAUGCAAAACUUCAUUCUUUGGUACCUUUUGUGGUGAACUAAGGUCUUCCACGGAGAGAGGGUAUUCAAAAUCUCGAGCCCUGCAAGCUUUUAUUGAAAUGAAGGAAGUAACAUAUGAAAAAUUUUCUGCUUCCUAUUGGCCGCAUUUUAACUCUGAACUGACAAAGAAACUUGAUGCGUCCACUGUCUUCACUGAAAUAAUUUCUCAUAUAAAGGGUGGAUAUCAAGCGAACAAACCUUUUGGUGGCAAACUUGAAAGGCUUGAUUAUUUAAAGCUUUCUGAGAAGAGAUUUUCGUCUCUGAACAGUCAGAUGAGAGAAAGGGUAUAUGAUAUUUUUCUUGAUUACGAAAGUAUGAAAUGCACAGCCAGGGAAUUUGACUUGUCAGAUUUUGUUAACAGUCUUCACAGAAACCUUCUUUCUGAGGGCUACAAUGGUGAUAUUGUGGAUUGUAUUUACAUAGAUGAGGUGCAGGAUCUUACAAUGACACAGAUAGCACUGCUCAAGUAUGUCUGCAGGAACUUCGAGGAGGGCUUUGUUUUUGCUGGUGACACAGCACAGACGAUAGCAAGAGGCAUUGAUUUUAGGUUUGAAGAUAUUCGCUCACUCUUCUAUACCUAUUUCCUUCCAGAAAUGGAGCCAUGUGGUCAAGGGAUUAAUCAUGGAAAACAGCUUCGUAUCACGGAUAUGUUCCAGCUUACCCAAAAUUUUCGCACACACUGUGGAAUCCUUCGUUUGGCUCACAGUAUCAUGAGUCUUCUGUACUACUUUUUCCCGUCAUGUGUUGACAAACUUAACCCAGAGAUUGGGCUUGUAUAUGGAGAAGCACCUGUGCUGCUUGAAUCUGGUAAUGAUGAGAACGCAAUUAUGACUAUCUUUGGAGAAAGCAAGAGUGACCCUGGUAACUUGCAAGGGUUUGGUGCCGAACAAGUUAUAUUAGUUCGUGAUGAUGCAACCAAGAAACAGGUUGUUGACCUUGUUGGUAAACAAGCUCUUGUUUUGACAAUUGUUGAAUGUAAGGGCCUUGAGUUCCAGGACGUGCUGCUGUACAAUUUCUUUAGCUCAUCACCUUUAAGAAAUAAAUGGAGAGUUGUGUAUGACUACAUGAAAGGCAAAAAUGUUAUAGAAUCAUCUGAAGAGAUGUCCCACUCUUUUUUCGACAAAAACAAGCAUUAUCUUCUCUGUUCAGAGUUGAAGCAGCUCUAUGUUGCAAUUACACGAACUAGGCAAAGGCUGUGGAUAUGUGAGAAUGCAGAUGAUAACUGCCGACCGAUGUUUGACUACUGGAAGAAGUUGUGCCUUGUUGAAGUUAGAGUACUUGAUUCUUCACUCAUUGAAGCAAUGCAGGCAGGAAGCAGCACAGAAGAAGAUUGGAGGCAACGGGGUACCAAGCUAUUCGCUGAGGGGCAAUAUGAAAUGGCUACGAUGUGCUUUGAAAAGGCAGGUGAUGCUUACAGAGAAAAGUUAGCAAGAGCUGCUGGACUUCUAGCAACUGCUGACCGUGUCAUCUCUACAAACUUUGAGAUGGGCCAGUCUUCAUUGCAAAAAGCUUCAGAAAUCUUUGAGUCUAUUGGCAAGCAUGAGAAAGCUGCUACUUGCUAUAUGAAAUUAGGUGACUACAAAAAAGCAGGAAUGGUUUAUAUGGAAAAAUGUGGUAAUUCCAGGCUAAAGGAUGCUGGGGACUGUUUUGAACUGAGUGCCUGCUGGUCACUGGCAGCUGACGCAUACUUUAGAGCUAAAUGUUACGCCAAGUGUUUGUCCAUGUGUUCUAAAGGAAAACUGUUCCAAAAGGGCCUACUUCUCUUGCAACAGUUGGAGGAACAUUUGCUUGAAAAUUCCAGCCUCGUCAAGGUGGCUGCUAUUAGAAACACAUUUCUAGAAGAUUGUGCGCUACACUAUUUUGAGUGUGGAGACAUAAAGCACAUGAUGCCAUUUGUUAAGUCUUUCAGCUCUAUGGAUCACAUUCGUGUAUUCUUAAAUUCUAAGAAUCUUGUGGAUGAACUGCUGAGUGUAGAGAUGGAUAUGGGUAAUUUUGUUGAAGCUGCUGGGAUAGCAAAGCAUACAGGAAACAUCUUAUUGGAGGCCGAUCUGCUUGAAAAGGCAGGUUUUCUUGAAAAUGCUACACAACUUAUCCUCCUUCAAUUAUUUGUGAAUUCUCUCUGGGCUUCGCACAGUACAGGAUGGCCUCCAAAAAGGUUUGCGGAGAAGGAGCAAUUGCUUGCAAAAGCCAAAGAAAUGUCAAGGAAUGUAUCGGAGUCAUUCUACUGCCUUGUUUGCUCAGAAGCAGAUGCCCUUUCAGAUGAACAUAAGUCUCUUGCCAGCAUAACUUAUAACUUGAUUGAGGGCAAUAAAUGUGGAAACUUGUUAGUCGAACUUAUAGCUUCUCGCUUGAUUCUUGAUGUUCAUCUUCAGGCUGAAGCCUCUGGAUACUGUUUUGAAUCAGAGCCAGGGUCUCAUGAUGGACGGCAUUGCAAAGAUAUGCUAGUUCUUAAUCAGAUAUCACUUGAAACUCUAGUAUACGAUUGGAAUUACUGGAGUUCAAUUAUAGUCAAAGUGCUCAGGCAUCUUGAUCACCCUAAGGACGCAGAAUCAAAUGAUUUGGCAGCAAUCUGUGAAGAUCUUUGUGCUAAAUACUUUGGAUGGAGAAAAGAUGGUGAUUAUGACCGGUAUGUGGUACUUAACACAGACUCUAGCUGGCUGUCUAACACAGGAAGAAAUUAUUUGCAGCAAGAUGGCAGGAGAUGUUGGCUGGAUACUCUCCAUUGUCAUUCUUGUGCUAAGGAUUUUUGGAUCAAUGAACUUUAUUCUGUUGGUUUGAGUGUACUCAAGAAGUUGGAAUCUAUUGUCCAAAUUUUGCCAACAUCAUCAUGCUCCCUGGGUAGAACUAUACUCGUUAUAUACGAAAUUGCAAAGUUUCUAAAGGAAUCAGAGUUUGGCAUGCCAAAAAAUACCAUAAAGUACUACUCUAUUCUUUGUGAACGUCGCUUCUUCGAGUUGGUUUUCCUUGUCUGGAGGGAUGAAACACCAAAGAGCCUCUUGUGUAUACUUGACUCAGCGACUACAUAUAACCUGCUCUCUGAUUCCAUCUGUUCAUAUCUUGGUUCAAGAAACAAUAAAAUGACUCAUAGUCAAGUUGGGAGAAUAACUAUGCUUCUUCUCCAUGCAGCAAGGUUGGAUGAUUCGUUGAUUUCACAGCUUGUGGAAUAUCUAGACAGAGGUUCUGAGUGGGCAACUUUUUUUCUAUCGUUGAAGAAGUAUCUUGACAAUGGUGUUAGCAGAGACAUCUUACUCUUGGACUUCAAAUUUGCUCUUGAUUGCACUUAUAAGGCAAACUGGAGGGCUGAACACUACAUAUCCCCGAUAUGCUAUGUAGAUCUCAUUGAGUGCCUUGGCUUUUUGGCUACAACGCAUCUUGUACUGAAUGACUAUAUGUUUUGCACAAAAUCUCUGUUGGCCAAAAUGAUGAAGUGUCGCACUACCAAGGGUUACUUUGAGACAUGUAUGGCUCCUAGCACAGAUAUCGAUCUGGGCUAUGCAGGUCAUUCAGCACGGUGUUUCAUAUACCUGUCAGUUAAGGAUCUUUUGGGAAGCAAGCGUAUGAUUGUAGAGUGGGUUCAGAACACCUCUACUCCAACUAGUUCUUAUGUUCCAAUCCUUCUGAGAUUAGUUAUCACACUUUAUCUUGUGACUGUAAACCAAGACGAUGGAGAUUUGUAUGAGGUUACAGCUUUCCUCGAGAAAAAUCAUGUUUUUACGGAUUUACCUCCUGAGUUCUCUGAAAAGAUUAGAAAUGCUUUGAGGAUGAAGUCUCGCACAGUGAAGAACUUCAUGAGGGUAUUUGCUGAUGCCCUUGCAGCAAUAGGAACUCGCAUGGUAGUUAUGGGUGAUAUUAAGAAGGCAAUGGCACAUAAAUGCCAGCCAGACUUGAAUGCUGAUAUGAUUAGCAGUGUGGAUUUGAGUGAUGCUAAGAAGGUAAUGGCACUUCUUUCAACAGAGAAGUCAAGUAGUUUAAAGCAGGAACCUCAGCUGCCAGAGAUCAAAUCUGUUUGUAACAAAAUUUGCAACGCUACUUCUGGUCACUUCCCUUUGACAAGUGUAGGAGGUAGCCAGAAGAGUACAAGUAAUUUUAAUUUGAGUGAUGUGGAUCAUCCUUUGUUGGAGAAGUUUGAGGCGUUUCAAGUCAAUAUGCCUCAAAAGAAAAAUGGAAGCUUAAUUUCUCAAAUUCUUAGAAGUCCCCUUUCCUGGAUAGAGCAAAGAGCUCCUCCUGUGCAAAUGUUAGAGUUGAGACACAUUUGCAAGCAAGUCGAAGAACAGCAUGUUAGGGAGAAGAGAGCUUUGUCCGUGAAGGAUCUCCAUUCAAACCGGGAACAUGGUGAUGGUGAAAAAAAUAUUGGGAAGAUCGUCGACGUGCAAGGAAGCCAAUCUAACCCUGACAGAGCUAGCGAAUGGAGUGGAUGCUCAGAUGACGAGCAAGAGACGGGAGGAAGUAAUGUGGUGCAGUCGACCAAAGAAGCACCAGCCGCUGCCAGCUCCGGCCCCAGCUCCAAAAACAAGCCGCAGAAAAAGAAGAAAUCUAAGAAGUCCAAGCGUAGCGGCAGGAAGUAGUCUCUGUUUUGUUUUGCUCUUCUGCCUGACCAGGCGUCGGAUGGCCUUUUUUGCUUACACCGUUGUAAGUCCAGCAGCAAGGCCAGCUUUGCUUAACUGGAUGUACUCCCUCCAUACUGAAAUCGUUUUUGACAGCGACACGGUCUCCAAAACACAACUUUAACUUCCUGUUUCUAUAAAAAUAUUUAUUGAAAAGUGAUAUAUGUAUACUUUUAUAAAA